AUGGUUGUCGUCGGAAGAGGUGGUCAAGUAUAUGUUCAAGCCGAUCGUAAGAUGGGAUCAAAGAUCCAAGGUCAAUGCCAACAGGGCGAAAGGUUAUGGGGCUCUUUGUGGCCCGCCAAAGAAAAGAUGUCCGCGUCAACAGGGCGUCUUGGCGUGGUCGCAGCGCAGCGCAGGACAAGGGUCGCAGUCGUCCCAGUUGACGAGCGAAGGGAGUUUGCGUUGAUGGAGCGAACCGCUGCUGGGGGUGGGUAG